AUGAAGCUCGCAUCCGCCGCCGCCGUCUCUAUCGGCACCCUCCUCGCCCUCCUCCAGCUGACGCCCGCUCCUUUCAACGCCAUUGUCAUUGCCCUGGACUGCGGUGUCGCUGGUGCCGUCACGUCACAAAUAAUCGGGCACACUGUGGGCAAAAAGGGCGGCAAGUAUGACGAAUCCAUUGACUUUGUGGAGGAGCGCGAUCAAGAUCCGUUUGCGGGCCUGCCGCAGCCCGCCGCCGAUGAGUGCAAGGCCCAGCUCAAGGGCGCCAAGCCAAUCAGACUGAUAGAGCAGACAAUUGGUUUGUUGGUUUCUAUUGCAAUGAAUUGCCGUUUGGGGGCUGGAUUCUCUCCACUCGAAAACUCCAAACCACAGCGAGGGGAUAACAUUCUGAUUCGCGGUUGGAGCAUGGCAUCGCACUUGGAGUCUAUGUAUGGAUUUCCCGAUCAAGCGUUGGUUAAAGAUGAUCACUUGAAUUUGCCAAUAAGAACUUAG